AUGUACAUCACUCUCUACUACCUCGUCACCCGGCUCCCUGACUCCCUUCGCUCGGUCAUGGACCACUCCCUCUCCCUUUGCCCCACCACGCUCACCGUUGACCUCCUCAAGGAGCGCCUCCUUGCAGCUGAGAAGAGUAUAGUUGCUGUAGGAGCCUCUCGUGGUGACCCUCGUGCCCCUUUCUUUGAGGGGUGCUCCCCUGUCCCCCUUUUGCCCUCUCUUGCCUCUACUGCUGCUGUCGACCUCGUUGGCACCGAGUCGUCAGGGGUUGCUAUCUUUGAUCUUGAUUAUGAUGCUAUCCUUGCUGCUAUGUAUGCCGUGUCUAUUAGUGCUGAGGGUGACUGUUACCUGUCUGUUCCGCCUGACCCGGGCAUUGAGGCUGCUGUGCUAGGUGCUAAUGAGUCUGCUGCUCUAGGUGCUAGUGAGUCUUCUGCUCCAGGUGCUGGUUAG